AGGCGGCAGGGCUGGGGCCCAUCGGGUGACUGCGAGCACCUCAGACCGCCCUCCGGCCCCAGAAGGCGGAGCUCCUUGUGCCGGUUGGCCAGGACCGACCAUGCUGGCGCCUGCGAGGAGGGCGGGAGGGACGGGCCUAGGCCCUGCAGCCUCCUCGAGGUUGGACCCUCAGGCUAGGGAUCGGCCGCCCAGCGUAGGUCUCGAAAGCCGUUUUGCGGAAACCGCAACCCCAGAUUUCACUUUCCCAGUUUUCGGUCAUCUGCUGAUUACGGAGCGUUCCGCCGCCUCCUCCAGGAAGUCCCCCACCCUUACCCUGUACAUAGCCAGUCAUCUCCUCCAUUGUAACGAUCAUUUUCGGUUCCCCAAUACAACUCAUGAAGGUUUCAAUGUCACCCUUCACACCACUCUGGUUGUCACUACGAAACUGGUGCUCCCCACCCCAGCGAAGCCCAUCCUCCCGGUGCAGACUGGGGAGCAGGCUCAGCAGGAGGAGCAGUCAAGCGGCAUGACCAUAUUCUUCAGCCUCCUCGUCCUAGCUAUCUGCAUCAUAUUGGUGCAUUUACUGAUCCGAUACAGAUUACAUUUUUUGCCAGAGAGUGUUGCUGUUGUUUCUUUAGGUAUUCUCAUGGGAGCAGUUAUAAAAAUUAUAGAGUUUAAAAAACUGGCAAAUUGGAAGGAAGAAGAAAUGUUUCGUCCAAAUAUGUUUUUCCUCCUCUUGCUUCCACCUAUUAUAUUUGAGUCAGGAUAUUCAUUACACAAGGGUAACUUCUUUCAAAAUAUCGGUUCCAUCACCCUAUUUGCUGUUUUUGGUACAGCAAUUUCUGCUUUUGUAGUAGGUGGAGGAAUUUAUUUUCUGGGUCAGGCUGAUGUAAUCUCUAAACUCAACAUGACAGACAGUUUCGCGUUUGGCUCCCUAAUUUCUGCUGUGGAUCCAGUGGCUACUAUUGCUAUUUUCAAUGCACUUCAUGUGGACCCAGUGCUCAACAUGCUGGUUUUUGGGGAGAGCAUUCUCAAUGACGCAGUCUCCAUUGUCCUGACCAACACAGCUGAAGGUUUAACAAGGAAAAAUGUAUCAGAUGUCAGUGGGUGGCAGACAUUUUUACAAGCCCUUGGCUACUUCCUCAAAAUGUUCUUUGGCUCAGCAGCACUCGGCACUCUCACUGGCUUAAUCUCUGCAUUAGUGCUAAAGCAUAUUGACUUGAGGAAAACGCCUUCCUUGGAGUUUGGCAUGAUGAUCAUUUUUGCUUAUCUUCCUUAUGGGCUCGCAGAAGGAAUUUCACUCUCGGGCAUCAUGGCCAUCCUGUUCUCAGGUAUCGUGAUGUCUCACUACACACACCAUAACCUGUCCCCCGUCACCCAGAUCCUCAUGCAGCAAACCCUCCGGACCGUGGCCUUCUUGUGCGAAACGUGUGUGUUUGCAUUUCUUGGCCUGUCCAUUUUUAGUUUCCCCCACAAGUUUGAAAUUUCCUUUGUCAUCUGGUGCAUAGUACUUGUACUGUUUGGCCGAGCAGUGAACAUUUUCCCUCUUUCCUACCUUCUGAAUUUCUUCCGUGAUCAUAAAAUCACACCGAAGAUGAUGUUCAUCAUGUGGUUCAGUGGCCUGCGGGGGGCCAUCCCCUACGCCCUGAGCCUGCACCUGGACCUGGAGCCCAUGGAGAAGCGGCAGCUCAUCGGCACCACCACAAUCAUCAUCGUGCUCUUCACCAUCCUGCUGCUGGGCGGCAGCACCAUGCCCCUCAUCCGCCUCAUGGACAUCGAGGACGCCAAGGCGCGCCGCAGGAGCAAGAAGGACGUCAACCUCAGCAAGACCGAGAAGAUGGGCAACACCAUCGAGUCGGAGCACCUGUCCGAGCUCACGGAGGAGGAGUACGAAGCCCACUACAUCAAGCGGCAGGACCUGAAAGGCUUCCUGUGGCUGGACGCCAAGUACCUGAACCCCUUCUUCACGCGGAGGCUGACCCAGGAGGACCUCCACCAUGGGCGCAUCCAGAUGAAAACCCUCACCAACAAGUGGUACGAGGAGGUACGCCAGGGCCCCUCAGGCUCCGAGGACGACGAGCAGGAGCUGCUGUGACCAAGCAGGACGCCGUGGCUUCUGGGCAGGUGGGGCCGCAGCACUGCCGUCCAGCCUCCCCAUGGCUCCCAGGACAGACACUCAGCCAGGGCCCCUGAGGAGGGUGCAUCUGGCAGCUCUUCAGGGGGAAUGGAAGCAGGUGAAGACUGGCCGUCUUAACCCAGAAUUUCCCAGGCCUUUGGAGCCAUCUGCUGCUCCCGAAGUGUCCCUCCCCACUCCUCACUGAGCCGGACCUCUGCUCUCAGGGUGGCUUCCCCGCCUGCAGAUUGGAGGGACCACCUUUGCAGGUAAAUGUUUCCUUCUGCUUCUGCAGCUGAGGGGACAGUCGUCUGUCCAGCCAAGGUGCCUGCAAGGAGGAAUCUUGCUCUGGGCCCGCCGUCCAGGGGCCCUGCGGAGCGCGGGUGUGCAAUGUCUGCCAUUCCGGCCACUGCCUUCAUCACAGGAGCCCUUCCCUGCUGGAUGGGGGGCGGUACCAUCAGGGCGAGGAACCAGCCGCUGUUUCCCUGUGUUCAUCAAGGUGCCCCUGGCCUCAGCAGCAGCAGUUCUCAUCUAAGUGGCAGGCGUGGGAAUCUUGAGAGCCUCACACUCCCCUUUACAAUGUUGCUUACACUCUCUGAGAAAGAAAAACUGAGUGACCUUUUUCUUCUUUACCUCUGAUUUGUACCUCACAGGCUGUCUCCCUGGGUGGCAGGCAGCCACUGCCCUUCUCUGGGAAUAUUGUGAAUGUUUACACUGGUACCCAGCAGAGCAGAGGGCACAGGCCCCUCUCUAGAGCCCUGUUGGAAGCUGCAUCCCUGGGUUUGGGGGGCUAAGCGAGCCUAGUCUGUGGGGUCAGAGCGCCCUCUAGAGGGAAAAUCUGGAGGUACAGGAUUUAUGCUGGCCAGCUGCUGCUGUCUUGAAUUCAGUUUAAAUUCAUGCACUUUUACAAAGGAGUGAGAGCCUAGCAGUCACCUCCCUGACCUUACUUGAUGGCCCUUGCUUGCUCAGAGGCCCCUUUUCCCAGGCUUCGUGGGAUCUGCCCACCACUUAUCUGCUGCACCUUCACUGCUCAUCAGCAUUUUUUUCCCUCUCCCAGUUCUCCACCGUCUUGGGUCCUAUUUGUCCCCUGUGCCAGGGUCUCAGCUCACCAAAGCACCUGAGCAGGUGCCAGAGCAGCAGUGCCCCCUGGUCCUCCCAUGCCACUCGUCCCCGUGACUCCAGCGAGCCAGAUGCUCUGAGUCUCACCUGCAAUCCCCAAGCAGCCACUGCUACCCUAGGGCUUGCUCACAGAGUGCCUGCACACACUCUCCAUACAAACACACACCCUGCCCCGGCCCCGUGGUCCUGGCCCCGGGCCAUCUCAAGGUCACGUCCAGGUGAAAUGAGAGUACCAGUUCCCGCAUCCGCCUCUCACCAGCCCUGUAACAAGGCUCCUGCUCGCUUGCCUUUGCUCAUCACUGGCAGUUCCCACAUGCGCCUCAGCGUCCCAGCUGGAGCCUUGGGACUCAGCACCCUCUGGGGUGGUUUAAUUCAUGUUGUUCAUGUCCUUGGUUCUCUGUUGGGGACACAAGGGGCCAGCUUGGGCUGGCAGCAAGCAUUUCCAUCUCUUCUGCCUCAGGCAGCGUGACUCUGGAUGUCAGGAAGGACUGACCCCAGGACCCUCCAGGACCCAUGUGCCCAGCGCAGGAGGCCAGGCCCCUGCCCUAACCCCUUCCCUUUCCCCAGAAGUGUAAGUGUAAAGCCAGUCAGGCAGGAGGCACAGUUUCUUUUUUAUGCAUGAAAAGUAAAUUUGUGCUUGAUAGUGGUAAAAUAUGAUCAUUUUUCUUUUUGUAAUCUCCUAUCUUAACCCUAUAAUUUGAGCCAACAGGAUUAUUUUACUUCACCUAAUAUCCCCACUGGAAGAUGAAUGCCGUCCAUAAUUCUGGUCUCCGUCAUUUCCUGUUUCUUUUUAGUGGAAAAGUAAGAGAAGAGGUCAAAGAGAGGGGACCUUUGUCCAGACAUGGGCAGGGAGGUGGGAGGCAGGGAUCAGAGACCAGAUUGUUCUCUCAUUCCCCAACUCAUAAGUAACUUACUUUCCCCCUGAAAUUCAGAGUCUGAUCGCUGAGGUAUAAGUUGCACUAGUCAAUUCAAUAGCAUGCCCAGAAAAAAAAAAUUUGUCUAUGAGUUCAUAGAUUAACGAAGACAGGAUCUUCUCGGUUCAAAUUGCCCUUUGUCACCAGGUCCCACCUGGCUUCCCACUCUUAGCUGAGACUUGAAAAUGACACUAAGUAGAGAAGCAUGUGGGGGACUUGGUGGAAGGUCCCGAAGGCUUGGCUGUGGAGGUGGUGUGGGGAGAACCAGCCCUGGCCUGGAUCUCUUGUGAGCCUCUUCUGCCCCCUGCUGGCCAAGUGAGGGUUUAGCAGCCUGGGAGGGCAUUUCCCCCUGGGGACUGGGUGGGGGAGUAACUCAUGUUCCUCAGCAGUAUGUCUGUUCACCUUUGUAACGGGCAAAAGCCCAUCGAGAGAUAUUUUUCUGGUGGACUUUUUUCAGAUGUCUUUGCCUGAGAAUCAAACUACUGCUGUCUACCUUCAGCAUUCCUAAAUAAUUCUAUUGUUUGGGGCAAUAAAUGCCUAGAAGAUAAAAAAAUAUAUAUCCAGCAUAACUAUAACUUCCCACAUACUUAUUUCCUUUUAGAUCUAGGCCUUAGGACAGGAGAACCACAGCGUGUAGAGAAGGUUAUACUUUAGAGGGAGGUGAAGGCUACGCCAGUGACUGCCUUUGGGAAAGCUGGCAGGUUAGCCAGUGAACUCUGAAGACAUGCUGUCUUGGGGAGCUGGGGAGUCAUGUAGCAGUAAGCCUCACACCCCAAGGCUCCCCUGGCAGCCCCUCCACAGUAGGCCCUAGGAUUUUGAACUUCUUGGAAUAAAUCACAUGCUUUCUGCCGCCCUGUGGUGGCAGGACUCCUGGAAUCGAUUGUACCCUGAGGCUUGGGGUGUGCGGGCUUACAGGGAAAGGAGCCAGCUUCUCCCAGGUCCCCAGAGAUCAAGUUUGGGCUGAGCUUGAGCCAGGCCGGUGGAAGGUGGCUCAGGUCCAUAGUCUGGUGCUCACUCAGCCCAGGGGCUGACUGAAGGCAGCCUGCCCUCCCCGAGGCCAGCCAUCUCUGUUCACAGUAGGAAUACUGGCUGGGCCCUGGCUGACGUGAGGCCAAGGACCAGGGCCUGGCCCAGAGUGUUAGCAGCCCCUGGACUCCAAAUCAGCCUCGGGAGGCCCUGAUUUGCCUGUAGAUUCCUUUGUGAGCAAUGAGAAGUAGAAAGAUUGGUGAGUGGGGAGCCUUCUUAAAGCCCAUGUCAGAGGUGCCAUCAGCAAGACUUGGCCUCAUGAGGCCUCAGGUCCACACAUUUGGCAGAGUCCUCAGCGGGGUAGCCACAGCCAGGAUCCCCCUUCUGCUCUGGUGGGGAGAGGGAGGGAGGGGCAGGAUGGUGGCUGGCUUCCGCUCCUGGUGCAGGUGUGGCUUAGGGUAGGUCUGGUCUUAGAACUGAUCUGGUUCUAGUGUGAGAAGGGAUCUCUCAACAGCAAUGAUCUGCCAUGGAUUAGGACUUUAAAAUUAAAAAAAAAAAGUAAAGAUCCUCUGCCACUUCCCCAUUCCCUCCAGAAUGCAGGCGUGUGUUUCUGCUACUGCGUAGUGGAUAGGAAACCAAAUCUGAAACGUUAUUGUUACAGCAGCCAGGAUCAUGAAGAGGUUGUUCUAACAGGAGCGCAGUCUCCAAAGCCCCAGGCAAUAUGUUUUCAAUGAAAACACCACGGUCAAGGAGGCUUAGAAUAAGCAGCCCCUUCCUUCCCUGUAGUCUCCUGCCACCUCUCAGGACGGAGUUAGAUAUCCAGGGACUUCCACUGUCUCUGGCCAUGUUAUGAAAGGAAGGCUUUUAAUUUUCCCCGGCCCACCCCACUUUUUCACGCUUUCCCACCCCCAGCCGACACGAUCUCUAAUCCCAGAGGGAAAAACAUCCGUGGCCUUCCCUACCCAGGAGCUGGUCUUCUCCCAGCUGCUCUGCGUGAGUGUCCUGACCUCAGGACGCGGAAGCUCAGUACCUGUGAGCGCAGCUGCGGGACCCUGGGGCCGAGUGACUGGACGGGGAGUGUGCAGUUUGGUGGUCAGAAGAGAAAGGUCACCUGUCAGCACUGUGGACCGCUGUCCAAGGAGCCUGUCAGCCACGCAGAAGAGCUGCAUCGGCGUGUUCCUGGUGCUCAGCUCUCGGAUCGCAGCCCUGCUCUGAGGAGCCGCCCCGGCACAGGCCAGGGAAGGCUCCUUGCUCUCCGGGCCGCUGCGAGGUUCAUGGCUCCAAAGGCUUUAAUGCUUUCUCCAAUACAGCUCCUGCAAAGCUUGAUUUGUUCACAAGGUUACUCAGAACCUUGUUCUUUUGAGUAAUUUUCUUUAUAAAAAUGAAGGAUUUUGCGAGCAUUGCUUUCUGAUUUAAGGACCAUUGGGAAGGUCAGGCUUGUUCUCUUGUCCUUCCCAAGUAAGCGGUGAGAGGCGUUUGUUAGGUCCUAGUUCCUGAGAAUUGAUUUGCUGCUUUUCCUGGGGGGCUUCGGGUUGGGGGAAGAAGGUGGGGCAGAGGUGGAGGGACCUGUAGCUGCUGGGCCGGAGCCUCUGCCCUGUCCGACAGGUCCCUUUCAAGAAUUCAAAAAUGGUUGGAAAACAGUAAUGUCACUGGAUACUUAUUUAGAAAUAAAAAUGAAUGCUGCUGAAUCAGAGCCA